AUGAAGUACCACCUCAAGAUGCCAAUUGAGAUGUGGAUAAUCAUCCAAACUUGUCUCGAACUCCCACUCGACGGCGUUGGAAAGCCAGUAUCAUGCCAGAAUUGGGACACAACUUUGAUGAAGAAAAUUGAGGUCGAUGCCAAAGCAACAUGCACUCUUCAAUUCGGCCUAACUAAAGAAAAAUUGAACCAGGUCAGCCCCUUUAAAAGCGCGAAAGAACUAUGGGAGAAGCUAAUCGAGCUGCACAAAGGAACCUCAGACACCAAGGAAGGUGAGUCGGCAAGCAAACUUCACGCGUGGAUUCAGGACCUACUGAAUGGCCUUCAUGCAGUCAGUCAGAAGGUGAAAAAUCGUGAUAUAAUCAGGAAUGAGCAAAAUAUGGGAAUCAAAAACAAAGCGCAGAACUGA